ACAGGCUCUGCUGUGCCUCAAAGCAAGAGCCCAGAGCGAGGGAGCACAGCAGGCCGGGGACCUGCAAGCCAUAGUGGCUGCUCUUUGUGUGCUGCGAGGUGGGGGACUCUGGGCAGGAAGCUGGCUGAGCCCCAAGACCCCGGGGGCCAUGGGCGGGGAGCUGGUGCCGGGCCUGGGGGCCCUGCGGCGGAGAAAGCAUCUGCUGGAGCAGGAGAAGAGUCUGGCAGUCUGGGCACUGACGCUGGCAGGAAUCGGCAUCGGACUCAUGGUCCUGCACGCGGAGAUGCUAUGGUUCGGGGGGUGCCUGUGGGCAAUCCACCUGUUCCUGGUUAAAUGCAUGAUCAGCAUCUCCACAUUCUUGCUCCUUUCCCUUAUUGUGGCCUUUCACGCCAAAGAGGUCCAGCUGUUCAUGACGGACAACGGGCUCCGAGACUGGCGCGUGGCGCUGACCGGGCGGCAGGCGGCGCAGAUCGUGCUGGAGCUGGCUGUGUGCGGGCUGCACCCGGCGCCGGUGUGGGGCCCGCCGUGCGCGCCGGUCUCGGGGUCCUCGCAGACGGCGGUCACGCAGUCCCGGCCGAGUUUCCUGGGCCAGGCGGAGGCGCUGCUGUCUCUGGCCAUGCUGCUGCGCCUGUACCUGGUGCCCCGCGCCCUGCUCCUGCGCAGCGGCGUCCUGCUCAACGCCUCCUACCGCAGCAUCGGCGCGCUCAACCAGGUCCGCUUCCGCCACUGGUUCGUGGCCAAGCUGUACAUGAACACGCACCCCGGCCGCCUGCUGCUCAGCCUCACGCUUGGCCUCUGGCUCACCACCGCCUGGGUGCUGUCGGUGGCCGAGAGACAGAACGUUAAUGCCACCGGGCACCUUUCAGACACACUGUGGCUGAUCCCCAUCACAUUCCUGACCAUCGGCUACGGGGACGUGGUGCCGGGUACCACGUGGGGCAAGAUUGUCUGCCUCUGCACUGGGGUCAUGGGGGUCUGCUGCACAGCCCUGCUGGUGGCCGUGGUGGCCCGGAAGCUGGAGUUUAAUAAGGCAGAGAAGCACGUGCACAACUUCAUGAUGGAUAUUCAGUAUGCCAAAGAGAUGAGGGAGUCGGCCGCCCGAGUGCUGCAAGAGUCCUGGAUGUUCUACAAACAUACACGCAGGAAGGACUCUGGAGCCGCCCGCAGGCACCAGCGCAGGCUGCUGGCCGCCAUCAACAGGUUCCGCCAGGUGCGGCUGAAACACAGAAAGCUCCGGGAAAAAGUGAACUCCAUGGUGGACAUCUCCAAGGACCCAGCCAGGAAGAACCAGGCUACUUUCCCCAGGAUUGAGGUCAAGGACAUUCUCUCUGCUACUCCUAACCCAGCCCCAUGCAUAAAGCCAGUUAAGCGUAGGGACCAAGGGGGGCCACACCUUGGGGUGGGUUGACUGGCUGAUGGCUGCUGGCGGGGACACUGGCUGAAGGAGGGAGGCCGUGGCCCAUCCCCACCGAGGCCCCAAACGGGAAAAUGGUCACCCCUGUCCCACAUACCCUGUGCCUGGGGACUGGGACUCCUGAGUCCCAGAGGAGGAGGAGGGGAGCGGGGGCCCAGAGUCCAAGAUCCUGGGCUGCAUCAGUUACCCGCCGACCAGCACAGAUGAAGGAACGAGGCCCGAGGCAGAAGGCAGAGCCCCCUGGCGGCAGAUCGAGGAGGACCCCAACUCUCUAGAGCUGCAGAGAAUUAUCUGGUGGGGGAGAAGGUGGGACCUGGGGGGAAGGGUGAAGCUCACCAGUCUCUGCUCUUAUACUUCGUAAUAAAUG